AUGUCUCCUCUCAUCAAGACAAGAUUUCUCAUACUAUCCGAUACCCACGGGUUACAGUUUCAAGAAGACAGAAAACCUCAUAUAUCAGCCGAUGUAGUUAUUCACUGUGGCGACAUCACAUGCGAUUCCAAGCUACAUGACUUCAAGCAAGCGAUUGACCUACUCAAGGAAAUCGACGCACCACUCAAGAUUGUCAUUGCUGGAAACCAUGACUUUUCGCUUGAUGAUUUAGCCUUCAAGGAGAAGAUUACUGAGGCAAGCAGACUGGCACAAGAGGAUCUCGAAGAGAGCAUCAAGAUUGAGUACGGUGACUACGGAGACGCCAGACGGCUAUUCGAUGGACAUGAGGACAUUGUAUUUCUGGAAGAGGGAUCUCACCAGUUUCCACUCGACAAUGGCGCCCUAUUGAGGGUGUAUGCAAGCCCAUAUACACCGACUACUGGCAACAGUAGCGACUGGGGCUUCCAGUAUAGCGGAGCUCACGAGUUUGCCAUCGAAAAGGGAACCGAUAUCGUUGUAACACACGGUCCACCUCACGGAAUCAUGGACAUGACAACAGAAAGGCAGCGAAUCGGAUGCCCUCAACUGUUUGGUGCCGUUGCCAGAGCUCAACCUAAGCUUCACUGUUUUGGGCAUGUACACGACAGCUGGGGUGCAAAGUUGGUGGCCUGGAGACCGACAAUAUCUGACCAGCCUUCACAUUUCAGCGAUAUCGACAACGGGAAGUCUGUGGUGAUUGAGAGCCUAUCUCGGCUCAAGGGAUCCAAGUUCGAGUCGGCAGAGGACAGAGAGGCUCGAGAAGACGCGGUGGAACGGUACAAGUCGCAAUGGUACUGUCAUACAAGUCACUGUGGCGGAGAUAAUAGGCCUCUGGGUCUAGGGGAGACCUUAUUUGUCAACGCUGCAGUUAUGGGUGAUGGUGAGCUCAGUCAAUACCCGUGGCUGGUCGAUAUUGAACUGGAGCCCUACCGAGGCAAGAACUGA